ACUUUCAUCGCUACCUGGUGUUUUUUGAAUUUUUCCUCGGCGUAUACCAAUAUUUUUCUGUUGCUGCAAAUCGUUGUGUGAGUUCGUUUCCGUUUGUCUACUCUGUCGUGUUACAAGUAAUAUCAUUGUUGAACUGUUUUUGACCCAGUAAUUUUCGCCCUUCGGGGUAGAAAAUUUCUGUGUGCUGUUUUGUGUGAACUCUUAACCUGUAUAGGUUAUUUUUGGAAAAAAAAAAAAUUCUCUUGUCAUUUGUGACAAGUUUGUGUUGUCUAAUAUGGAAUUAGACUUAAGUUCAAAAAAAGACUUUCCCGAGAUGGGAGAAAGUAUAACAACUGUUAAACAAAAGGAAACACAGACAAAACCCAGUUUUUCAGACGCCGUAGGUGGCGAAGUCGAAGAAAUGGAGGUAUCAAUGGAAAGAUUAUUCAAGUUUAGAUCGCUGGUGCAAAAAAGUGGUGAAGAAACACGAUUGGUACCGCCCCCCGAAACUAUACAAGCAAUAAAGGAAAAAAUGGUCACCUACAGGGUGUACAAUAUCAAGGAAAAACGAAUGACCGACGUGAAAAACGAAAUGGUCGAAAAGUGUAUGGCUCCAAUAUGGAGUAAAGUUAGUCAUGUCAACCGAGGUGCAAGAAGCGCUACAGUGGAGGCGCAUUUUGAAACGGCGGAAGUAGCAAGGCAAAUUUCGACACAAACGUUGAAAAACGAGAGUAUAAUACUGCUACCCUUAUAUUUAGGAUGCAGAACCGCAAAAGUGACCCUAGAAGAUAUACCAACGGGCUACGACGUGAUGUGGGCGGCAACAGCGGUCAUUUUUGAUGUUGAAUCAAAAUUGACAAUUUUAAGUAUGAAGAGAAAAAUUGCAAAACACUGGAGAGGCCAGCAGCUGGAGAUGAUAAUCCAGGCGGAAAAUGCGACGUUGGAAAGCCUACCAGACAGAGUCUUCGUGGGGGAGGGGCACUCCAUACGAGUUUCGGUGGAAGGACGCAGGCCCAGAUGUUUUAAGUGCGGGCAAAAGGGCCACGUUCGCUCCGUUUGCACAAAAAAAAAUAAUGCGGGCAACGCCCCCCCACAAAACGCUGUGAAGAACGCAGAAAGCAGCAAAGUGGAGAAAAAAGUAACGGCUGGCGAAAACAAGGAGGAAAAAAUAAACAGGUCGAACUCCAAAAAGGAGGAAGACAAGAACGAAAUGCAAAAUGAGAAAGGAAAGGAUGAGGAAAAUAAUGCAACAAAAACAAAUAAACAAGAAGACAUGGAAUUUACGAACGUGUCCAACAAAAGGAAAAAAUCCAUCACCCCUGACUCCCCACCCGUAUCAAAAAAAAAAAACAACGCAGACGAACAAAUUAAAAAUAUUCUCCAAUCCCACCCCGGCGGUACUACACUUAUAGGCCAGCACUUUAACAAACCCCACCCCCCAACUGUAAAAGGGUUUAAACCCAACGAAAAAAUUAUUGCAUACACCACAAAGAACGUGAGAGUAGAAACAUGGGUGAAAGCAAGUACGCUGAUCAGGUGCUACAAAGCGACCGAGAAGGAAGCGGAGUGGCGAUAUGGAAGGGUCGGCGAAGAAGGAUGGAAAGACAAAACCUUACAAAGCCACGUAAAAGCCGGCUUCAUUAAGGAUGUCACCCAGGAGGUGACAACUGGGAAAUUACCCGUUAGCCCGGCAGCCACACCAACCCAGAGCCCGGUGGCAACGCCGGUGAAACACCCAACAGCAACGGCGAGUGGGGGGGAGACAGGCAGAAAGAAUCUGUCAGGCUCCCUCUCGCAACCACAUUACACUGGUUGGGACACCACCAUCAAGAAUUUCAGUUGCACGAAACGACUCCAGUACUUAUUCUUUUCCCUUUAAGCCUGGAAUUUCUGUCCAUCAAUUUUGCCGAAACGCUAAGUUAUGGGGACAUAAUAAUUAGAUUUCGAACUGAGUAGCAAACCUUGAAAUGUUUUUUUGUAAAUAAA